CUGCUCAGAGACAUUACUGAAAACCAGAACGUGAAGGACGAGGCAGGCGACCGAAGCACACAGCCAGCGUAGAUGACGGGCUGGUCAGAAGCAGAUAGGCCGGAUGUAGAUAGCAGAACAGGCUGGCAUCUGUCUGUACGCCUACUACCCCGGGCAGAGUUGUUUUUGCGGUAGUGUUUAUUGCAGUGGGUUUUCUCUACUUCCUUUCCACGUAAAUUCAUCGGGGUGUGGUGGUGCAGUGUUUUAAGACGGAAGUGACACUUGAAUCGCUUCGCUCUAGAUUUUCUUGCAGUGCAUCAAGACGGCACACAAGAUUGAGCAGAUGAAAUGGCGGUGAGUCACAGAAUCUUCAAUUCAACAGCGCCCUUCUCCGGAUGCCCCCAAGCUGAGCUGAAGGGCUCGUACAUGCCCCGCUCCACCGGGGAGCAGGAGACAGAGGAAGAUGAGGAGGAGGGAAAAGAGAGCAAAAUGGCCUACCGGGCGAACUGGCCCAGGAUCAACAAAGUGCUGACGCAAGGAACUGCGGAACAAGUGGGAGAACGGCCAUUUAAGAAUUCCCCCUUCAUUGCCCAGGCUGAAUGUGAAAGCCAGGAUGCGUUCAGUCCGUCUUGUUCGGAACGUUCCUUUGUUCCAUCCCCUAACUGUUUCACCAGCAGCGUUUCCUCCGAGCACAACAACGUGGCGUGCCCGACGACGGCCUCCAUCCACGAGCUGAGCAGCGUGCUGCCGUCCCUCAGUCCGAGAAAGAGGAGCCGGAGGAGGCAGAAGCGCAAGGGGAAAAAGAAGCAAGAAAAGAAGAAGGAAAAGCACAGGCAGAGGCAUCGAAUGCCUUCUGGCGUCCCUGAACAGGAGAGUGGAAGUUCUCUGGUUCCGAUCUUGGAGGAGUCGUCUCUCGGAGGGAGAAGCGACCUCAGCACGUCUUGCUGCAGCAGCUCAGAGGAACAGGACCGAGGGCCGUCUUUCUACAGCGGACAGGUCUACAGCACGGGCUCCAGCUGCUCUCCUCUAAACUGGCCUCGACUGGGCUGCUUCCCCAGCCUCAGCGCGUACGAGCAGGACUGCAGCUCGGACUCCUGCAGCAGCCUGGGAGACUGCUCGCUGGCUCUCGCCGGCCUCAGGGGCAGCGUCAGUCAGGGGGACCCGUGCUACGCGGGGCCCUUUUUCAAAGAGGUGGAGAGAGAGGCCAGGGAGGAGGAGGACGAGCUCUCGUCGGUCGAUUCCGUCAGCAACGAAGGGAUAAUCUUUUACAAUGAAAAAAUUCAGCCUGUGGACUCUGAAUACAAGGAGGGGAGGGAGUAUGUCCUCUCGCGGUUUAUCAAGGAAGGCUCCUACGGUGAAGUGCACAGUGCUCAAGAUGUCAAGACGGGAUACAAAUUCGCAGUCAAGAAGAUACACCUGAAGAGGUUCAGCAGCGAGGAGGUGGGUGCGUGGAGUGCCCUCAGAUCUCCUCGGGUGGUGGAACUCUUCGGGGCGGUCAGAGAGGGGCCCCACAUCGUCCUCAUGAUGGACCACAAAUCAGGCUCCCUGGGCGAGCUGAUAGUGGAGCGUGGCCGGCUGCCAGAGGACUUAAGCCUCCACUACCACUCUCAAGUCUUAACAGCCAUGGAGUACCUGGUGAAGAAAAAAGUAGUGCACCUAGAUAUUAAAGCUGACAACGUGUUGCUGUCGGAGGACGGUAGAGACACCUUCCUGUGUGACUUCGGACACGCGGAGAGACUCGACAAUCAGGGGCAGAGCCUCAGCGGGUCCAAAGAUCUGAAGGGAUCGGAAACCCACAUGGCACCUGAGAUAGUAAAAGCAGAACCCCGUGGAGCCAAAGCAGAUGUGUGGAGCAGCUGCUGCAUGUUACUACACAUGCUCAACGGGUGUCAACCUUGGACAAGAUAUUACACCUGUAGACUUUACCUGAAGAUUGCUAACGAGCCCCCACCCCUGAGAGAGAUCCCACCUGACUGUAGCCCUCUCACAGCGGAAGUAAUAAAGGCAGGGCUCGAGAAGGAUCCGGUCAAGAGGUCAUCAGCAUCUGAGCUUAAAGACAAAGCUGACAGAGCUCUGAGAGAAGUUGGAGGACUCACCAGCCCAGUGAAGGGACCCUACACAGAGCCCUUGUAUAUUGCCAACAAACCACCGGACUUCCUGCAGCUGAUUAAUAGCAGCGCUGACUUGGAGGAUGAGGAGGAAUGUCAAGGCUAUCUCAAGGCAACGGGGAGGAGGACAAAGAAACUGGAGGAUGAGGAAGGAGUGGAUGCUGAGUAUAACAAGUCGAAACAUGACUCAUUUUCGGGUCCACAAAUGUUGAUCUCUGAGCCGAAGCAGAAGAAGUGCAACAAGAUCACUACCGUGUCUGAACUUGAGCUACGUAAACUAGAGCGAGACUUCUUCUUGAGCAGCCUGUCCCAGCCUCAUCCUGCUGAGCUGCAGGUGGAGCUCUUGUCUUGCAUAAGCAGCGACACUUAUUCCAACUGGGAGCCAUAUGACAAAAAGGACUCUGGCCGCUGGUCUCUGAGUCCAGGAGAUGACUUCAGCUCCGGUGUCUUCUCCUACAAUAGCCAGCCUGAUGUGCAGGUCUUCAGCAUGGAUUUCCUGGGUCACACACAGUUACCGCCACCGUGCUGUUUCGAGGGAGUUGAUGUGUUUAUCGAAGACUUCAGCAGGAGAAGCAUUCAGAUCAGAGAGGCACGUCGGGUGAAGGUCGGCCACAUCGCCACUGGAAUCAGCGAUCAGAUCUCUGAGAGGGUGUUCACUCUGGAGACACAGCAGGGCCAGCAGAUAGCUCACGAUGAGGAGGUGCAGGAGUCUGGUCUGGAGCUCUGCUGUGUUCCUGCUCCAGACUACAGCCAGGCCUGGAAGUGGAGGAUCAAAGACGGAGUGCUGGAGACCAGAUAGAACUCACAACUCCCUCCUUACAGCAGCAGCCUCAUCACAACCAUCGAUUGGCCUCGUGUCAAACAGUUUUACAUACCAGCGUGUGCUUUUUUUAUCGCCUAAAAAAAAACUUCUUCUGAAGCUACCAUUUUAUUUGCAAUGCCAUUUUGGAGAGUUGUUGUGUACGUUUGCGUCUUGUGAUAUGUACAUUGUUACAUGGCUGUUACAGGAUAUUCACAUCCAGUCAUUAAAUAUACUUAACUGUG